AUGAGCCUCCUGCCCCAACGCUCUGCCCACAUCCCUGGCGGUUCCCGCUCGCUGUUCGCGGUGCUGUCGUUUCUGCUGCUGCUCACACUGCCGCAGCAUCUAGCUGAAGGAGGUCCUUCCGCGGUCUUAACCGCCACAACGGAGCUGCGUUGCGUUUGCUUAACCAUAACUUCAAGAGUUAAUCCCAAAAUGAUCGCUAAUAUGGAGGUGAUCGCUGCAGGUCCACAGUGCCCCAGGGUGGAAGUCAUAGCUAAGUUGAAGAACAAGAAGGAGGUCUGUCUGGACCCAGAAGCUCCUUUGAUGAAGAAAAUCAUUCAGAAAAUACUGGACAGUGGAAAUAAGAAAGCCAAGAGAAAUGCACUUGCCCUGGAAAAAUCACCCAGUACUUAACAGAAAAAUCUCUGAGGACUCUGGCCCCAAUGAAGACAAGAAAGAAGGGCUGAGUUUUUCCCCUAGUAAUUUUCUU